UAAAUAGGGGAGUAAUCGCAUUAGCAGGCACUCCGGUGUUCCAGUGGAAUCAACGGUUUCUCGACAUGCCUGAGCCAGCCAAGUCGGCGCCCGCGCCCAAGAAGGGCUCCAAGAAGGCGGUGACCAAGACGCAGAAGAAGGGCGACAAGAAGCGCAAGAAGAGCCGCAAGGAGAGCUACUCGAUCUACGUGUACAAGGUGCUGAAGCAGGUGCACCCCGACACGGGCAUCUCGUCCAAGGCCAUGGGCAUCAUGAACUCCUUCGUCAACGACAUCUUCGAGCGCAUCGCCGGCGAGGCGUCGCGCCUGGCGCACUACAACAAGCGCUCCACCAUCACGUCGCGGGAGAUCCAGACCGCCGUGCGGCUGCUGCUGCCCGGCGAGCUGGCCAAGCACGCCGUCUCCGAGGGCACCAAAGCUGUCACCAAGUACACCAGCUCCAAGUAGAGCGUCCCGGACCGCCAGUUUUAACCCAAAGGCUCUUUUAAGAGCCACCUAUUUUGUCAAGUGGAAGGGCUGUGUUACUUUGUUGUUCGUGAAAGGUAUGUAAAUAAUCUUUCUGUUUGCAAACAACUAGAAUGUAAGUACUCAGUUAUUUCAGUACUUAAAAUGUAGCUGUGUAAAAGUUUGGAGAGCUUUGAAUUCUGAACUGGAUAAAAAGUAGCAAUUUAUGCUAGGCAUUGUGAGCUACAUUUAGCUAUUAUGUUAUCGAUUCUGGGCUUGAAUACGGCUAAGAAAAUAAAAGUAACGUUUUUA